AUGGACUUUUUACAGUUUUUGGAAGAGGAGGAGGAGGAAGGUAGUGAGAGAUCAGAAAGCAGCACAUAUCCGGAGACAUUGUCAACUGCUGAUGCCUCUGAGGUAGCAGAAGAGAAGAGGGAAGACAGUUCCGACACAGACCUUUCAAUUGAAGAUGCUGAGCGCUCAUUUACAACUGUAAAGGGUCCAGACCUGUAUAGAGAGGCAUGCAAGCUGGUGGGAGUGAUUCCUGUGUCAUACUUCAGCCGGAACAUGGAAGAGUCUGUUAUGAAUCUCAACCAUCAUGGUCUUGGACCAAAGGGAACCAAGGCCAUUGCUAUUGCUCUGGUUUCCAACACAACCAUCACUCAACUGGAGCUAGAGGAUAACUGGAUUCUGGCUGAAGGAACUACAUACUUAGUACAGAUGUUGCGAGAGAACUGCUACAUCCAAGAGAUGAAUAUUUCCCAUAAUCACCUCAACAAAGAUGGAGCUGAAGCGAUCUGCAGAAUGUUUUACCACAAUAUUUCUAACAUCCGGUCCAUUCGACUUGCAGGUAGGUUUCUUCCAGAAAGGCAGAAAGAUGCAACAGAGCGAUAUUCAGCUUUACGGAAUACGACAUUUGCUCUUAGAAAGAUCUCUUUAAAAAAUCCAAGGAUUUUGGCUGGCAGGAAUGGGACGAUAUACAGAAUAAUGAUUUACCCUACAUCUGUACCUUUGGGGCCUGUAAAUCACAGGUAUACAGAAUUAUUUAAUACAGAGGGUGAGCUCAAAUCUAGUCAAGAGUUGAAGCAAGAAGGGAUGGAAAUGAACUGGUAUUCAUAUGUACAGAUACAAUCUAGAUAUAAUGAAGAUAGAAAAACUAAAGGUCUCUAUAAUAAAAUGACUGAACUAGACAAAAUUCUAACAGGUACUGAUGAAAAAGUUAAUGGAACAUUGAAGAUACUGAGCCUUUCCUGGAAUGGCUUUGGAAAUGAUGGAGCCUUUGCCCUUGGAGAAGCUCUGAAAGUCAACAUUACGCUUGCUGAAUUGGAUAUCAGCAACAACCAUAUUAGCAAUGACGGGGCAAUAAAGCUAAGCAAAGGAUUAGAAAUGAAUGGGAGCCUUAGAAUCCUAAAGAUGUCCCAGAAUCUCCUCACAGUAGAAGGCGCUAUUGCUCUUCUCAUGUCAGUCAGGAAGAAUCCAAAAUCCAGAAUGGAAGAAAUCAACAUCUCAAAUGUGCUUGUAAAUGAAGGCUUCAUCCGGCUGUUAGAUCAUGUCUGUGAAGUACGUCCUGAACUAGAUAUCAUCUAUGGAGGAAUUGGAGGUCAUGUUGUGCGGAAAACCGAGCAUCAGAUAGAUGCUAUGAAGCUGAUUCAGGUCUAUUUAGAUAUCAACAAACUAAAGCCUUGGGACUUUUUUAAGAGUAUGGAUAAAUAUGGUGAUAUGAAAAUUCCCGUGGCAGAGUUUCGGAGAGCCAUGAUGCUGCAAUCAAAGAUCCCCCUGAAACGGCUGCAAGUUGUAGACCUGGUGCGCAAAUUAGACCCCAACAGAACAGGCUACGUGGACUACAGUCACUAUAGAGUUGAGGAGCCGGUCAAGAAACCCAAGAAAAAUGGCGAUGAAGAGGAGGAGGAAGAGGAUGAUGAAGCUGAAAAAUAG